CAGUCGAUCGCGAGCGCCCGGCGCGGCGGGUCGGGUCGCGCCACCGUGGAGGUGUUCCUGUCGAGUGGGCUGUGUAAACCAUGGCGGACCGACCCCCGCCUGUGAAGAAGGUGCCGCUGCAUCUCCAGAGCGCCCAAAACCGCCUGCUCAUCAAAGGCGGUCGAGUCGUCAACGAGGACCGCAUCUUCGACGCCGACAUCUACAUCGAGGAUGGCGUCAUCAGGCAAAUAGGGCAAAACCUUAUAACGCCAGGAGGGGCACGUGUCAUCGAGGUCAACGGCAAAUAUAUAAUGCCAGGCGGGAUCGACACGAUGACGCGCCUGCAGCAGCCGGCCGACGCGGCUGGAGCGGGCGGCGCCGCCUCUGCCGACGAUUUCUACAGCGGCACGCGCGCGGCGCUGGCCGGCGGCACUACCACCGUGCUCAACCUGGCCGCGCCGCGCCCCGGGGAGCCGCUGGUGGCAGCCUUCGACAGGUGGAGGGAGCUGGCCGACGAAAAGGUCUGCUGCGACUACGGCCUGCACGUGGCGAUUACCUCGUGGACUGAUAAGACGGCGGCCGAGAUGUCUCAGCUCUGCUCGGAGCGCGGCGUCAACUCCUUCAAGAUGUUGAUGGCCGACGUCCACCAGCUGUCAGACGCCGACCUACUUAAGGUCUUCACUCACUGCAAAAAGAUCGGCGCCAUCGCCCAGAUUCACGCCGAAAAUGGAGACGCUGUCAGAGAGAUGACCAGCCGUCUGUUGUCGGCCGGGGUCACUGGCCCAGAGGGUCUGGCCCUGUCUCGGCCGGAGGCGGUCGAGGCCGAGGCGGUCCGGCGCGCCUGCAUGCUGGCCGCUCAGGUGGGCUGUCCGCUGCACCUGCCGCACCUGAGCUCGCCGGCAGCGGUGGACGAGGUGUCCGCCGCCCGCCGGCGCGGUCAUAUCGUGUACGGCGCAGUGACAGCGGCCGCGCUGGCCACCGAUGGCACGCACUACUGGAACCGCUGCUGGCGCCACGCGGCCGCGCAUGUGGUCGUGCCGCCGCUGCGACCCGAGCCGUCCACUCCGGAUCGCCUCGUCGACCUCCUGGCCAGCAACGACCUGCACUGCAGCGCCAGUGAUCACUGCACGUUCACCUCAGAGCAACGUGCCGUGGACCGGGACGACUUCACUAAGAUCCCUCAGGGUAUCGGCGGCGUCGAGGAACGCAUGGCUAUCGUUUGGGAGAAGGGCGUUGCCCAGGGCAAAAUCGACCCGAUGCGCUUCGUGGCGGUCACCAGCACCAAUGCCGCCAAGUUGUUCAAUCUGUAUCCCAAAAAGGGCGUGGUGGCCGUGGGUUCGGACGCCGAUCUGGUGGUCUGGGACGGCGAGACGAGCCGCGUCAUCUCCGCCAGCACGCACCACCAGCGCUGCGACUUCAGCGUGUUCGAGGGUCAGACGGUGCGCGGUGUGGCCGAGUGGGUAGUGUCGCGCGGCCGCGUCUGCGUCGAGGAGGGCCAGGUGCGGGCUGUCCAGGCGGCCGGACGCUUCUUGCCGAUGGCCGGCUUCGCGCCGACUGUCUACCUGCGCGUGCAGCAGCGGGACAAGGCGAGGGUGCCGCGCCCGGUGGACCGCAGCAGUAGUGCCGCUGCUGCCGACGGCGGUCCUGCCGCUCCGCCCGCGGUCGCCCCGAAGGAGCCGCCCUCGCCGGAAACUGAGACGGACGGCACAGCGCCGCCGCAGCCACCGUCACCGGCGGCUGGUGAUGGCGGUCAUCAGCCCAGCUCACCGGAUACACCGGAUUCGGGUGACAUCAUGGGCAGCAGGGUGCCGAAGAGGACCGCAGUGAAGGUGCACGCCCCUCCGGGCGGACGGUCGGCAGGCAGCUUCUGGUAGUCCGGAUCGUCCGAUCUUCGCCUGAUCCGGAUCAUGUCCGAAUGACGGAGUUCCGAAGAGCUGAUUUACCCGAUCGGUCAAAUGACAUAAUUUAUUUACUAACCCAUCCAAUGCUAUUGGCAAUUGUAGGCCUCCCAUCCCAGUGGCUGGAGUAAAGACCCGUCGGUCCGGGUAAGUGGUAAGCAAGUCACAUUUUGUGAUGCUCGCUGAUCGCUCGCCGUGCCGUGCCGUGGUGACGUUUGGUUAGAAGGCAUCGCGGGCCGGGUGCUAGUUGUCGAGCCUCGCUUUGCGGGUUGAGUUUUUUUUCAGCUUGUUCCAAACGGCAGAUUUAUUGUGAUGCGAUGCGAGCUAAUUUUUUUUUGUCGACCAUGUUUUCCUGGGGUGAUAAGAUAUAUAGUUAUGAAUACGUUUGAUAAGUAGGUGACGUUUAUGUCUUUUGGUCAGCUCAUGUCUCUGAAUCUGUUCGGAUAGGUACCUACUACCUACUAACGCCCCCACUCGUUUGUUGCACACAGGCCCCAGAGCGUAAGCCGCGUAUCGAUCGGUUCGGACUUCAGCCGAUUGCUGAAUGCUGAACAUGGCUUGGAAGUUGGAACGAUGUAAUAUAUUAUGAAUGUA